AUGGAUACACGAGUCUCUGGACCAGAGACUUUCAUAAAGAAAUUUAAUCCAAAAGAGUAUUAUGAUUCAUACUAUGCAUUAGACGAAGGAGCAAUGCUAGAAGAGAGGACAGAUUUUAUAUUAAGGAAUCUUCAUGAAAUCUUCUCUUCAGGAGUUGUUAAAGGAAACACACUGAUUGAUAUCGGUGCUGGAUCAGCAAUCUUUGAACUGCUCUCAGCUUGUGAAGUCUUUACCAAUAUUAUCAUUUCCGACUUCCUGGAGCAAAAUCUCACCGAACUAAAGAAAUGGCUGAAGAAGGACUCUAAUAUGUUGGACUGGACCCCAUAUGUAAAGUUUGUUUGUGAUCUAGAAGGGAAAAGUGCUAAUUUGGAGGAAAAGGAAGAGAAACUCCGUCAAACUGUGAAGCAAGUUUUGAAAUGUGACGUACUGAAGAAGAAUCCAUUUGAGCCACUUGUUCUGCCACCAGCUGAUUGUCUAAUAGGUUGUUUCUGCUUAGAGUCUGCGUGUAAGGAUAUGGCUACCUAUUGUAACACCCUGAAAAGCCUUAAGGACUUGCUCAAACCAGGAGGCCAUAUUAUAAUUCAGAGUGCACUGAAUGGUACAUUUUAUUAUGUUGGGAGAAAAAAGUUUCAUCCCUUGACAACAACAAAGAAAGAUAUUGAGAAGGCUGUUAUAGAAGCUGGAUAUGAAAUUUUGAAAUUCGUAGUGAAACAGUCUAGGUCACACAACUCGGAUUAUGACAGUUUGUACUGCGUUCAUGCCCGUAAGCCAUGCAGUCUAUAA